GACAAGGGCGCCAAGGGAGGGGGCGUGAUGCAGAGCUGGGGCGGCGGCUGGGGCGGUGGCAAGGGCUGGGGCGGCGGCAAGGCCUGGGGCGGCGGCAAGGGCUGGGACAAGGGCGGCAAGGGCGGCAAGGGUAAGGGCGGCGGCUUCAGAGUCCUCGACUCGAACGCUGCGUCCACCGUGUGGCUCGGGAGCAUCCCCGAGGGGACCACGCACGAGGAGAUCAAGGAGAACUUCGCGGCCGCCGGCACCGUCAAGCGCGUCCAGCUGAUCAAGCAGGGCAAGGAGGGCUUCGCCUGGUUCUCCUCGCCCGAGGAGGCGCAGAAUGCCAUCACCAUGUUCAACGGCGCCGAGAUCAACGGCCAGAAGAUCGAGGUCGACCCGUGGGUGAGGAAGGAGAAGGGCGCGUGA